GGGCUGGGGCCUCGCGGGCUGGGGGGAUGCUGCCGCCCGGGUCCAUCGACCGCCCCGCCGAGGGGGCGGCCACGGCUCGCGCCCGCUGCCCGUGCAGCCUCCUGCCCGGCGCGGCCCCCUCAGUGCCUCCCGCGCUGCUGCACAUGGAGCCUCGGCUCUGCCGGUCCCCGCGCCUACCUUCUACAAUGCGAAGACACAGAAAUGAAGUGACAGUUGAAUUGAGAAAGAACAAAAGAGAUGAACACUUACUGAAAAAAAGAAAUGUUCCCCAAGAAGAAAGUUUAGAAGAUUCAGAUGUUGAUGCUGAUUUUAAAGCACAAAAUGUCACACUAGAAGCUAUAUUGCAGAAUGCCACAAGUGAUAACCCAGUUGUCCAGUUGAGUGCUGUCCAGGCUGCAAGAAAGCUGUUAUCCAGUGACAGAAAUCCACCAAUUGAUGACCUAAUAAAAUCUGGGAUUUUACCAAUUCUAGUUAAAUGUCUAGAAAGGGAUGAUAAUCCUUCAUUACAGUUUGAAGCUGCUUGGGCAUUAACUAAUAUAGCAUCAGGAACUUCUGCACAGACGCAAGCUGUUGUACAGUCUAAUGCCGUACCUCUUUUUCUAAGACUUCUUCAUUCACCGCAUCAGAAUGUUUGUGAACAAGCAGUAUGGGCUUUGGGAAAUAUUAUAGGUGAUGGUCCUCAAUGUAGAGAUUAUGUCAUAUCACUGGGAGUUGUCAAACCUCUUCUGUCCUUCAUCAAUCCCUCCAUUCCCAUCACCUUCCUUCGGAACGUCACAUGGGUCAUUGUCAAUCUCUGCAGGAAUAAGGACCCCCCACCGCCUAUGGAGACAGUUCAGGAGAUUUUACCAGCAUUAUGUGUCCUCAUAUACCAUACGGACAUAAAUAUUCUCGUAGAUACCGUUUGGGCACUGUCAUACCUGACAGAUGGAGGUAAUGAACAGAUACAGAUGGUUAUUGAUUCAGGGGUUGUCCCAUUUCUUGUGCCUCUUCUGAGCCACCAGGAAGUGAAAGUUCAAACAGCAGCACUCAGAGCGGUUGGCAACAUAGUGACAGGUACCGAUGAGCAGACCCAGGUUGUUCUCAACUGCGAUGUCCUGUCCCACUUCCCAAAUCUCUUAUCACACCCAAAAGAGAAGAUAAAUAAGGAAGCAGUAUGGUUCCUUUCCAACAUUACAGCAGGCAACCAGCAACAAGUUCAAGCUGUGAUAGAUGCUGGACUGAUCCCUAUGAUUAUUCAUCAGCUUGCUAAGGGGGACUUUGGAACACAAAAAGAAGCUGCUUGGGCAAUUAGCAACUUAACGAUAAGUGGCAGGAAAGAUCAGGUUGAAUACCUUGUUCAGCAGAAUGUAAUACCACCAUUCUGUAAUUUACUGUCAGUAAAAGAUUCUCAAGUCGUUCAGGUGGUUCUAGAUGGUCUGAAAAACAUUCUGAUAAUGGCUGGUGAUGAAGCAAGCACAAUAGCUGAAAUAAUAGAAGAAUGUGGAGGUUUGGAGAAAAUUGAAGUUUUACAGCAACAUGAAAAUGAAGACAUAUAUAAAUUAGCAUUUGAAAUCAUAGAUCAAUAUUUCUCUGGUGAUGAUAUUGAUGAAGAUCCUAGCCUCAUUCCUGAAGCAACCCAAGGAGGUACUUACAAUUUUGACCCAACAGCCAACCUUCAAACGAAAGAAUUUAAUUUUUAAUUUCAAUUGAGUGCAGCAUCUCUCCCACAUUCAAUAUGAAGCACCACCAGAUGGCUACCAAAUGACAAGAACAACAACUACAAAAGGCUCCAAAACAUACAUGCCUCUUCGUUUUGAUGCUUCUAAAGCAAGCCAUGUCUCAGUCACUUUGCAGUUGCCAAAAGUCACUAUCCACAUGGAACUGUAAAUGCAUAUGCAUGAUUUCCUAAACUGUUUUAGAAUUCUCCUUAACAAUCUCAACUCCCGUAUUUUUCCCCGUUCCCUGGUGCCACAUGCUGACAACUGCAGUCUUCAGUUUAGAAUAUUCCAUAGUGGUGGCAUGUCAGCUGCCCACUUGAUAUUCCAUUGCAAAAUGGUGCGCUGUGGAUCAAGACACUUUGGUAUGACACACACACACGUUGGAAGACUUUAAAGAGGUACAGUCUGACCUGAGCCUCCAUCAUUGUCCUCCACAAACAUAUUUUCAUACUCUUUAUGUGGAAGAAUAGAUUUUAAAGUUACAAGCCAAAUGAUUUUCAUUGGUGGAACUGACACACACAAAAAAGUAACUUAAAAAAAGAAACUUGGUUAUUGAUUAAACAGAUAAGUUUUAAAAAACUAUACUUCAUCUACCAGUAAUUGAUGUGUUUAUUAUCUGCCUCAGAAGCCAGGGUUGGAGGAAGAACUUUAGCUAUGGAUGGUAAAGCUUUCGCCAUUAUACCUAAUUUUUGAGAACAGCAAGCCCUAUUUGACCACUCACUUCAGCCUGUGUGUUCCUGCUGUUUUGAAGUAAUCAAAUGCUGUGCAUGGUAUUUUACCUGAGCUGCAACCUGUUACGGACUUGAACUUCUGUUUAAGUUGAAAGCAAGAGUCCCUUAUAAAGAAAAAAACAAGAACAAAAAUUAUAAAAGUCUGAAGUACCCAUUGAUGAUAUUUAAAAAGAAAAUCUUGCUUUCAGCUUUCAGGAGUUAAUAUUUUUUGUUUUAAAUUGAUAAUUGGAUAUGGUUGAUUUAUAUUGGGUUUAAACUGUGGAGCUUUCAUGUUUACUGUAAUUUAGUCUUAAAAUAUUUUUUACUUAGUAACCAGUGCUUUUGAUAAUGUGGUUGGCAACAAACCAGCAACUAUUUAGAAGUGUCAUAAAACUUCAUUCUUUGAGUAUGGGAAAGUUCAGUCAGAUCCUAUUCUAAAAGCAUAUUCACAUAUAAAAAGAUUCAGACAAGGAUCUGCAUGGAGGAAUAAUCUGCAGUUAUUUAACAUAAACCUGAUUUGCAGUGAUCUUUAAUUCUGCAAAAUCUGGUAUUACUGUGUAAAGUUACUGCUUUUGGUAAAUUGUCUGACCCAGUUAUUAAUGAAAGGAUAUGGAUUUGAAAAUUUUUAAACUGAAUAAUUUGUGCUGUCACAGAAAUGGUUUUGUUGCUCUUGUUUACUGGGUAUGGUUUCCCAAUGCAAUGAUGUGAAAGGAUAGAAAUCUAAACUAACUUAGUUACCCAAUGGGGGGGUGUACUUACUGUGAGGAAGAUGAGACAGAUGCCAUCAGAGCUUUGUGAAUCAGCGGGGGUAUUUUCACUGAUAAACAACAUAUAGCAGGUGUGCAUUCAUUACAAAUCUAUGUAUCUGCCAAGGUGGAGCCACUUUAAAGAGUGAGUUUUGUCUUGUAUCUCAAGUGGAUACAAGCGUAUGUUUAAACUGCAAGAUUUUUACUUGCUAGAGAAUCUGUUUUAAUAUAGUGGUUUGGCCUCUGAUUAUUUAUAGGUUUUAUAAAUUUUAGAAUCAAUUUCUCUUUAAGGUGGCUCAGACUUUUCAACUCUUGUGCACAUAAAAUUGAGUUGAAGUUCAUUGUGCCUUUUUUUCUUUAUCCAGAUUUUGAGUUAAAGCUUCAUAUGGUAACUGCAUCCUGUUCAGACAUUUUAGUCUAAAUUUUUGAAACUGUGUGGUGUUCACUAAAAGUAGGAAUGACAGAGUCAAAGCCAAGUAAGGUCACAAACUUCGGUGAAACCCUUAAAGUCCAAAUCUUCUUACUAUUGUGAACUGUACCCCUUCCAGUUUAGUUUCUUCUUGACUCCCCAUACUUACAGUUACCUUUUAAAUUUUGCACACAUCAAGAUUAAAUUGGGCCUCUACUGUGCCGAUUCCUAUUUCCUCCUGUGUUUUAAGUGCAAACUAACAGAAGUGAACAUUAGCAUCAAGUAGUGCAGACCUACGUGUGCAUUUGCUUGAUUCAGUUUGUUGUGACCUUACCAGUUUGGAAUUGGAAUUGCACCAUUUCAUAGAUAAAGGAAACUAAGUAUAUUGCUGCACUUUUAAGUUUUCAAAACAGUGUUGAAAAACUGCAUUGUUUUUAUUUUUUUUAAACUCAGUUAAAAAAAGACUAAAACGUUCUUUCAAAAGAGGCAUCUAAAUGUGUUCCUAAUUUUGUAUAUGGGCUUAGGUUUUGUAACCAAUAAAAAAAAAAAGCUGCUAUCAAAUAUGAUAAAACAUUGAAGAACUUUU